AUGAGCUUGGGCCUGGAGGACUCACUGGAUGUUGGGCUGGCCCUGGAGACUGUUAUCCAGACACUGGAGAACAGCGUCCUGGGGCCCAGCAAUGAGAAAGGACUGAGUGUACAGGAUCCUACCCAGGACUCUCAGCCCACCUGCCUGCCCGCCUGCAUCCGGGAGAUUGUCACCCGCAAUCUCUCCCAGCCUGACAGUACAGCUGCACUGUCAGCCACGGAGAUGGCAUCGCUGCUGUCACUACAAGAGGAGAACCAGCUGCUGCAGCAGGAGCUGUCCCGGGUGGAGGACCUGCUGGCCCAGAGCCGCGCCGAGCGUGACGAGCUUGCCAUCAAGUUCAAUGCAGUCAGCGAGAGGCUGGAGCAGGCUGUGCAGCUGGAGUCGGGGGAACUGGAGACGCUGGAGCCAAGGGGGCUGGUUCGGCAGAGCGUGGAGCUGAGGCGGCAGCUGCAGGAGGAGCAGGCCUCCUACCGGCGCAAGCUGCAAGCCUAUCAAGAGGGGCAGCAGCGGCAGGCCCAGCUCGUGCAGCGGCUGCAGGCCAAGAUCCUCCAGUACAAAAAGAAGUGCACAGAGAUGGAGCAACAGCUUCUGGAGCGGUCCACGGAGCUGGAGCAGCAGCGGCUAAGGGACACUGAACACCGGCAGGACCUGGAGAGCACCCUCAUCAGGCUGGAGGAGGAACAGCAGAGGAGUGCCAGCCUGGUCCAGGUGAAUGCCAUGCUCCGGGAGCAACUGGAGCAGGUGGGCUCAGCCAACCAGGCCCUGAGUGAGGACAUACGCAAGGUGACCAGUGACUGGACGCGCAGCCGCCAGGAGCUGGAGCAGCGGGAGGCGGCGUGGAGGCGCGAGGAGGAGUCCUUCAACAGCUACUUCAGCAACGAGCACAGCCGCCUGCUCGUCCUCUGGAGGCAGGUUGUCGGGGUCCGACGGCUGGUCAACGAGGUGAAGAUGGCCACCGAGAGGGACCUGCUGCAGCUGGGAGGGGAGCUGGCCCGGACAUCACGGGCCAUCCAGGAGGCAGACCUAGGGCUGACCACAGGCCUGCAGCUGGCUGAGAGUCGGGCCCAAGCAGCUGUGGAGAAGCAGGUCUUGCUGCAGACCCAGCUGGAGGAGCAGGUGAAGGAUAGAAUGAUCCGCGAAAAGGACUUGGCCCAGUUGCAGCUGCAAAGCGACCUGGACAAGGCCAACCUCAGUGCCAGAGUGACAGAGCUGGCCCUGGCAGUGGAGCACCUUCAGAACCAGAGUCUGGACAAGGAUCGGACCAACAAGGCCCUCACCGAGAAGCUCGAGGCCUUGGAAACCCUGCGGCUACAGGAGCAAGCGGCUCUGGAAACGGAGGAAGGAGAUGGACUACAGCAGACCCUGAGAGACCUGGCCCAGGCAGCUCUGUCUGACACAGAAAGUGGCGUUCAGCUAAGCGGCUCAGAGCGCAUGGCCGAUGCGUCCGAUGGCAGUCUACGGGGACUCUCGGGCCCGCGGACCCCGUCCCCGCAGCAGCGCGCCUCUCCUGGCCGCGGUCGUUCCCCGCGCCGAGGCCCAUCUCCAACCUGCUCUGACUCCUCCACUCUUGUCCUGAUUCACUCAGCCCUGCACAAGCGCCAGCUGCAGGUCCAGGACAUGCGUGGACGCUAUGAGGCGAGCCAGGACCUCCUGGGUACUGUGCGGAAGCAGCUCAGCGACACCGAGGCUGAGCGCCGGGCCCUGGAGGAGCAGCUGCAGCGUCUUCGGGACACAGCUGAUGGGGUCACCCAGGCCCACGAGGACGUCCAGCGUGAGGCCCAGCGUCUGCGGAGCGCCAGUGAGCUCCUGAGCAGGGAGAAGGACAUGCUGGCUCACAGCCUGCAGGCGGCCCAGCAGCAGGCGGAGGAGUUCCGGCAGGAGCGGGACAAGCUGCAGGCAGCCCAUGAGGAGCUGCGGCGCCAGCGAGACCGCCUGGAGGAGGAGCGGGAGGACUCGGUGGAGGAGGGCGCCAGGGCUCGCAGGGAGCUGGAGCGCAGCCACAAACAGCUAGAGCAGCUGGAGGGGAAGCGCUCAGGGCUGGCCAAGGAGCUGCUGGAGGUGAGGGAGGCACUGAGCUGCGCCACGCUGCAGAGGGACGUGCUGCAGGCCGAGAAGGCCGAGCUGGCCGAGGCACUGACCAAGGCUGAGGCUGGCCGUGUGGAGCUGGAGCUCUCAAUGACCAAGCUGAGGGUGGAGGAGGCCUCUCUGCGGGACUCUUUGUCCAAGAUGAGCGCCCUCAACGAGAGCCUGGCUCAGGACAAGCUGGAGCUGAACCGCCUCGUUGCCCAGCUGGAGGAGGAGAAGGCAGCGCUGCAGGGGCGACAGCGGCUGGCCGAGCAGGAGGCCUCCUUGGCGCGGGAGGAGCUGGAGCGGCUGGAGCAGCAGCGUCUGGAGCAGGAGGUGGAGCGGCAGGGUCUGGAGGGCUCCCUGCGGACAGCUGAGCAGGCCCGGGAGGCCCUGGACCACCAGCUCCCCGCACUGCGCCAGGAGCGAAGCCGCAUGCAGGAGCAGCUGGCCCAGCUCUCCCGGCAGCUGAACGGGCGGGAACAGGAGCUGGAGCAGGCCCGGCGGGAGUGGCAGCGGCAGGAGGAGGCGCUGGAGCGGGCAGCCCGGGAGAAGGAGGCCCUGGCCAAGGAGCGGGCCGGCCUGGCGGUGCAGCUGACGGCCACUGAGCGCGAAGUCCGAACCCUGUCCGAGGAGGCCACACGCCUGCGCCUGGAGAAGGAGGCCCUGGAGAGCAGCCUGUUCGAAGUGCAACGACAGCUUGCCCAGCUCGAGGCCCGCCGGGAGCAGCUGGAAGCAGAUGGGCAGGCCCUGCUGCUGGCCAAGGAGACCCUGACUGGAGAGCUGGCGAGCCUGCGGCAACAGAUGGCAGCUACAGAGGAGAAGGUAGCAUUGGACAAGGAGCUGAUGGCUCAGAAGUUAGUACAGGCUGAGCGAGAAGCCCAGGCCUCUCUGCGGGAGCAGCGGGCAGCCCAUGAGGAGGACUUGAAGCGUCUUCAGCGGGAGAAGGAGGAGGCGUGGCGGGAGCUAGAGGCUGAGCGGGCCCAGCUGCAGAGCCAACUGCACCGGGAGCGGGAGGAGCUGCUGGCCCGCCUGGAAGCUGAGAAGGAGGAGAUGAGUGAGGAGAUAGCAGCCCUGCAGCAGGAGCGGGACGAGGGCCUCCUCCUGGCCGAGAGUGAGAAACAGCAGGCCCUGUCCCUGAAGGAGUCCGAGAAGACAGCACUGUCAGAGAAGCUGAUGGGCACGAGGCACAGCCUGGCCACCAUCUCACUGGAGAUGGAGCGGCAGAAGCGAGAUGCACAGAGCCGGCAGGAGCAGGACCGGAGCACUGUGAACGCCCUGACGUCUGAGCUGCGGGACCUACGGACUCAGCUUGAGGAGGCUGCCGCCACCCAUGCCCACGAGGUGAAGAGGCUGCAAGAACAGGCCCGAGACCUGGGCAAGCAGCGGGAAUCCUGCCUGCGGGAGGCAGAAGAACUUCGGACCCAGCUGCGGCUCCUGGAGGACUCUCGAGAUGGGUUGCGCCGGGAGCUGCUGGAAGCCCAGCGCAAGGUACGGGAGGGCCAGGAGGACCGGGAGGCCCAGCGCCAGGAGGUGGGCGAGCUUCGGCGUGGCCUGAGCGAGGGGACUAAGGAGCGUGAGGCCCUGCGACGCUCCAAUGAGGAGCUGCGGGCUGCUGUGAAGAAGGCUGAGAGCGAGCGCAUCAGCCUGAAGCUCGCUAACGAGGACAAAGAACAGAAGCUGGCAUUGCUAGAGGAGGCCCGGGCAGCGGUGGGCAAGGAGGCUGGAGAGCUGAGGGCCGGGCUGCAGGAGGUGGAGCGUUCCCGGCUGGAGGCUCGGAGGGAGCUGCAGGAACUGCGCAGGCAGAUGAAGAUGCUGGACAGUGAGAAUGCCAGGCUGGGCCGAGAGCUGGCUGAGCUACAGGGUCGCCUGGCACUGGGCGAGCGGGCAGAGAAGGAGGGCCGGCGGGAAGCCCUGAACCUCCGGCAGAGGCUGCUGAAAGGCGAGGCCAGCCUGGAGGCGGUGCGACAAGAGCUCCAGGGAGCCCAGAGGAAGCUGCAGGACCAAGAAGGCGAGUUCCGAGCCCGUGAGCGAGGCCUGCUGGGCACCCUGGAGGAGGCGCGCGGAGCCGAGAAGCAGCAGCUGGACCAUGCCCGCAGCCUGGAGCUGAAACUGGAGGCGGCGCGGGCGGAGGCUGCCGAGCUGGGGCUGCGGCUGAGCGCAGCCGAGGGCCGGGCGCAGGGCCUCGAGGCCGAGCUGGCCCGCGUGGAAGCACAGAGGCGCGCGGCCGAGGCCCAGCUGGGAGGCCUGCGCUCAGCCCUGCGCCGGGGCCUGGGCCUUGUGGGCGGGCCGGCCCCGCCCCCGCCCCGCACCCCCCACCCAGUUUCCCCGCCCCGCACCCAGGCCAGUGAGGGAAGCGGGGAGGGGCUCAGCAGCCCCAGCUCCUUAGAACGCAGCCCUGGGUCCAUGCCGUCAUCCCCAGGACCUGUCACCACCUCCCCAGCACCCCCAGACCUGGACCCAGAGGCGGUACGGGGAGCCCUUCGGGAAUUCCUCCAGGAGUUGCGGAGCGCCCAGAGAGAGCGGGAUGAACUUCGGGCCCAGACAAGUUCUCUGAGUCGCCAGCUGGCUGACGUAGAGGCCGAGAGGAACAGCCUGACCUUACGGGCAAAGCAGCUACAAAAGGCUGUGGCUGAGAGUGAAGAAGGCCGGCGCAAUGCAGAUGGACGGCUGAGCGGAGCUCAGGCUGAGCUGGCUCUGAAGGAGGAGAGUGUGCGGCGCAGUGAGCGGGAGCGCAGGGCUGCGCUGGACCAGGUGACUGCUCUGGAGAGGAGCCUGCAGGCCACUGAGGCCCAACGCCAGGCGAGCCAGGAGAAGGUCAGCAAGAUGAAGGCCAACGAGGUGAAGCUGGAGAAUGACAAGCGGCGCCUGAAGGAGGUCCUGGAUGCCUCCGAGAGCCGCACCAUCAAGCUGGAGCUACAGCGACGCUCCCUUGAGGGGGAGCUGCAGCGCAGUCGCCUGGGACUCAGUGACCGUGAGGCCCAGGCGCAGGCCCUCCAGGACCGAGUGGACUCUCUGCAGAGACAGGUGGCAGAUAGUGAGGCGAAGGCAGGAACCCUGCAGCUGACCGUGGAGCGGCUGAGUGGGACCCUGGCUAAGGUGGAGGAGAGUGAGGGGGUCCUGCGGAACAAGGUGCAGGGACUGACGGAGACCCUGACCCAGAACAAUGUCAGCCUCACCAGCACCCAGGACAAGAACCUGCAGCUGCAGAAGGCCCUGGCGGCCUGUGAGCAUGACCGCCAAGUGCUGCAGGAACGGCUGGAGGCUGCCCGACAGGCACUCUCCGAGGCCCGGAAGCAGAGCAGUGCCUUGAAUGAGCAGAUGCAGGUGAUGCGGAGUGAGCAGGCAGACCUGGAGCUGCAGCGGGCAGAGGCUGAGGGCCAGCUACAACAGCUGCAGGAGGUUCUGAGGCAGCGGCAGGAGAGUGAGACUACGGCCCUGCACACAGUGCAGAAACUGCAGGACGAGCGGCGGCUGCUGCAGGAGCGUCUGGGCAGCCUGCAGCGAGCCCUGUCCCAGCUGGAGGCUGAGAAGCGGGAGGUGGAGCGGUCAGCCUUGCGGCUGGAGAAGGACAGGGCAGCCCUCAGGAAGAUGCUGGACAAGGUGGAGAGGGAAAAGCUUCGUAGCCAUGAGGACACGGUACGGCUGAGUGCGGAGAAGGGCCGUCUGGACCGCACGCUCUCAGGGGCUGAGCUGGAGCUGGCUGAGGCUCAGAGGCAGAUCCAGCAGCUGGAGGCCCAGGUGGUGGUGAUGGAGCAGAACCACAGCCCCUCCCAGCUGGAGGCUGAAGAGCAGCAGCGGCUGGAGCUCCAGCAGGAGGUGGAGAGGCUGCGCAGCGCCCAGGUGCAGACGGAGCGCACCCUGGAGGCACGGGAGUGGGCCCACCGCCAGAGGGUGCGUGGGCUGGAGGAGCAGGUGUCCACACUGAAGGGACAGUUGCAGCAGGAGCUUCGAAGGAGCUCAGCACCCAUCUCAUCACCUUCUGGCCCCUCGGGGAAGUGA